CAGGUGGCCCGGAGGCGGCGUUAUGAUUGGUCAAUGGCGCUGUCAAUCAGCGCGGAGAGGUGGGCGCUGGUGGUCGAUGGACGAGCGGAAGGUGUCCGUGUCCGAGCUGCUUAACUCCAGCAUCUACCUGUUCGGAUGUGUGCUGGAGGAAGGAAGAAAGGAAUACAAAUUCCAGGUGCAAGAUGAUCGGAUGGCGCACCAACUCAUUCUAAGGACGGUAUGUGUGGGUCCAGAAACAAAAGAUGAGCUACAUGUCAUUGAGGUAGAGGCUAUGAACUCGAAUGGAAAAAUGAUCAAGGUCCCUUUGACAUCUCUGAAGCCAUCCAUUCUAACUACAACCGUCCUGGGAGGUUUUGAGGUGUCCCCUCCGGUCUGUUUACGUCUGAAGACUGGUUCUGGUCCCAUCUACAUCAGCGGAGAGCACAUUGUUGGUAUGUCUGACUCCGACUCCGAAUCAGAGUCUGAAUCUGAAGAGAAUCACCAGAUGAAGCCGCCUGUGAAGAAGGAACCUGUCAAACUUGCAUUGUCCCCCAGUACACAGCACCCUGUUAAGAAAAAGCCAAAGCUAGAAAAGUCAUUAAAAGAUAAGGUGAUGAAUGAUAAAACUGAAAAUGAAGAUGAUGCUGAUGAUGAAGAUGAAGAUGAUGACGAUGAAGAUGAGGAGGAAGAUGAUGAAGAAGAAGAGGAGGACGAAGAUGACGACGACGACGAUGAUGAUGACGAUGAUGAGGAAGAGGAGGAGGAGGAGGAAGAAGAUGAGGAAGAGAUUGUGAAGACUGCUAUAAAAACACCCAUUAAAACUCCAGAUACAAACCAAAAGCAGGAAGACAAAUCAAAACAACUGAAACCUGCCAAGGUUUCACCCACUGUUGAUGAAAUAAAAGACAAACUGAAGGCCAUGGUUGAGAAGGGGCAGCACCUACCGAAGACGAAACAGAAGUUUCAAAACUUUAUAAAAAGCUCAUUACGAUUUGGAGACCAAAAAGUCAUUGGAGAACUCUGGGUCUGGGGACAGAAGUUGAAGCAGAUCAAGUGAGGGAUUUCAGAAAGCGGCCAAUGAGUUUUUUGAAUGAAUCACUUAUCAUUUCAGAAUAGUCAAUGGACUUUCUUUGUUUCCCCAAGCGAUGUUUAUUUUCUUGUCAGGUCUUCUGCUCAGCAUAGUUUGCUUCAAGUUGACAGCCUCUAAGCUAUUUUUAUUCUCAUUUCCAAGAAGCUGGGUGACCGCGUUGGUAAAUGUUUGGUAGGUGGCAAACGUCUCAAUUCUUCCUUUAAAACAAAACGUUGCCUGAUCAAGUCCAUUUGUAAUGACUUGAAACCCAGAGACACUGGAAAUGUACAGCGGGUGAGUAGCAUGUGUAAAAAGACAGAUUAACAUUUCAGAACUUUUUGAUAAAACUAAGGAAGGAUAAAACUAACUCCCGACCCAUUCCCCCACUCAUUUUUUUGUAUCAAUUCUGAUAUGCCUGCUGUGUAUUUUCAGCCUUGUCAUUACAAAUGUCUUAAUAUUUUCAGUUUACUUUUCUAAUCUCAUUGGUUAUGUAGCUCAGCAGCCAAUAAACUCCAUGGAACUUAAAAAAAAAAAAUCAAAAUAAGUUUUUUGAUUAAACAAUUCAGAAUCCACAACCCUUAGCACGUUCUCCUUGCUGUAAUUAUAACUCUAUAACCUGUUAACCCCAAUUUACAUGGCAUUGUGUAGAAAGUCCCAGGUUUGUGACUCUGCUCAGUCGGUUUGGACAGUCUUGGGUUGCAAGAAAUGACCUGUGCUGCAGGGUAAAGAGACUGGGGAGAAAAGUCUGCAUUCCUCCAGUUGACUGGCAAUCCUUUCCAGAUGCAAAUGAGGUUUGAGUGGACUGAUUCACCUUGGAACUUCCAUUUUCUAGAGCAGCUUAUUGUAGAAUCUUAUGCUAAACCCUUUUUGUGAAGAGAAAUCAGUGUUUUGGCUUUGAGAAAUAUGACAGCAGCGGUAGGUAGAUGAGAAGUCAUCUCAUUUCUGCCUAAACAUGGCCUCCAUAGAUGCUCAUGAAUGGCACUGUAGAGAUGCAAGCCUGCCUCUCUCUCUCUCUUCACCCAGUGCUUAUGCUGCGCAGUGUUAUAUAUGUGGGAUUAAUUCAAGACUGAAUCAGCUUCAGUUUUGGCAGUACCUUCAGUGGUACACACGUACCAGGUUGUCUGUGAGACACAAAAUAGCCACUUAGACAGGAUAUUGGGAGACAAUACUUUCAUAAGAAUGAAGUGCUGAAAUGUCAAAGAAAAACAAAAUUCUUAAUUAGUCACAAGCGUGAAACACUUGUACCUGUGUUUGAAUUGCACCAUUUUGAAGCCCUUAUCCUUUUAAAUUCGGCCAGUUUCAACCCCCCUUUCUAUCCCUUCCAUCAUCAUCUCCCCAAAGAGACUCAUUCGUGGUAAGAGGAGACUGUCUAAUAGGGACUGAAAACCUUCCUGUGUUUGUUAUAGUGACCAUUAUUCAUUUGCAUCUAGGGAAGUUGUUGGUGAAAUAACUGCACUGAGGCCAGUAUUCUGUCACCAAGUCACCCUUUAUUUACAGAUGGAAAAUCCUUGACACUCCUCCAGCUCUCUCGGAGCCAGCUGAGUGUCAAAAAGUCUGACACUCUGUCUGUAGGCCUGGGCUUCCUGAUUGGGGUGGUUCGUCUGGUCCACUCAGAGAGCUAUCAUAGUCAUGAGGUCCACCUGGCUGACCUCAUGACAAUGGCUUCAGUUUUGCACAGUGGUAUCAUCAUGUUCUGGAGACAUAGGAUCAAUCCCAUCAUCCCAUCAAUAAACAUCUGGUAUAGAAAGACAGCCUGAACUCGUCUGGUUCACCGACGUCCUUUUAGGAAAGAAAAUAUUCCACCUUCACCUGGUCUGGCCUACGUAUGACUCUAGAAUUGCAGCUAUAUGAUCAACUUUUAUCUUCCUUUCUGUACAAUUAGGGAUGGGCAAUAAAUGUGAGUAUGUGAUGCCCGCA